GGCAGGCACUGAGUCACUCGCUCACCGACUUAAUCCCAGCGAGAAGAGCGGAAAACACAUACACAACAACACACACACACACGCACAAACAGCCGCGGAGUAGGACGGGACGGGAGUCCGGCGCCGGCGGGGGAACCUCAUGGAGAGACCGGGCGCCCGGCAGCUCCUGCUGGGGCUUUGGGUCGCUUGCUCCGCCUUGAGCGGCAUCAGAGGUGAUUUCUGUGAUGUAAAUCUGUGCCAGAAUGGGGGGACUUGUCUGAAGAGUCUGGAUGAAUCUCCUUUCUUCUGCCUCUGUGCAGAAGGCUUUACUGGGCCUACCUGUAAUGAAACUGAGAAAGGUCCCUGCCAUCCCAAUCCGUGCAAGAAUAAAGGGGAAUGCAGGUUGCUUCCCAACCGGGGUGAUGCCUUCAACGAAUACCUGUGCAUCUGUCAUCCUGGGUACAGUGGCAAACACUGCCAGUACAACGUGAAUGAAUGCCUCUCUCAGCCCUGCAAGAACGGGGGGACCUGCCUCAAUCUGAAGGGCCACUUUGACUGUAAAUGCCCCUCGCCCUAUGUGGGGAAGACCUGCCAGAUGCGCUGUAAAGAUGAGUUGGGCAUGCAGACGAGAGCUAUUGCAGAUGCUCAGCUUACAGCAUCAUCGAUAUAUUAUGGCCUUAUGGGUAUGCAACGCUGGGCCCCUGAACUUGCUCGCCUCCACAACAGCGGAUUUGUGAAUGCCUGGAGAGCCAGCAACGAGGACAAAAAACCUUGGAUUCAGAUCAAUCUGUUGAAAAAAAUGUUCCUCUCUGGGGUUGUUACUCAAGGGGCAGGCCGUCUAGGAGCAUCAGAGUUUGUUCGGACUUACAAAGUGUCCUAUAGUCUAGAUGGACGAGUAUUUGAAUUCUACAAAGAUGAGAAUGAAAACCAUGAAAAGAUUUUCUCAGGCAAUACAGACAAAUAUACUGCAGUGACCAACAUGUUUAAUUCUCCAGUCAUUGCCCAGUAUUUCCGAAUCCACCCAGUAACGUACGAGGGUGGCUACACUCUGCGGUUUGAACUGAUUGGCUGUGAAAUGAAUGUGUAUUUCAACACGGCAGGUUGCUCCGAUCCUCUGGGCGUGAAGUCCCAUCACAUCUCUGACCGGCAGAUCACAGCCUCCAGCGUGUACAAGACCUGGGGCUUAAGUAGCAUGACUUGGCACCCUUACUAUGCCCGCCUUGAUAACACUGGGAAAUCCAAUGCCUGGACUGCCCUCAGGAAUAAGCCAGGCGAGUGGCUUCAGAUUGAUCUUCUGAAAGUGAAAAAAGUGUCUGGGAUCAUAACACAGGGAGCACGAGAUUUUGGGCACAUUCAGUACGUAGCAGCCUACAAAGUGGCCUACAGCAAUGAUGGGAAAUCCUGGACUGUCUACCACGACGAUAACUCAAACAGCAUCAAGCUAUUCCAAGGCAACCACGACAACAAUUCUCACAAGAAGAACAUGUUUGAUGUGCCAUUUCACGCCCGCUUUGUCCGCAUCUUACCUGAGGCUUGGCACAACCGCAUCACAUUGCGAGUGGAACUUCUGGGGUGCGAUGAGUAGGCGAUUGACCGAAGGAGGGAUAGUGUCAAGAAUCAGACUGCUCCACAUCUCCCCAAGGAUGCUUUCCCCCUCUUCCCCCCCCCCCCCCGAGAUCCUGGUGAGGCUUACAGUUCCAGCAUCAUCUCCUCCAUCUUUUAUUUUUGCACCGUUUGUAAGAAUGCCUCAUCUUUCACAGGUUGGGCAUUGCCAAACUUUUAGAGAUGGUUUAUCAGGAGAGAUCAGAAAGAAGGAACUUCAGUAUGUCCUACCUGGUCUUUUUCUGCCCCCUUCUUGCUUUCUCAAAUUAUGGGGCUGGCUCUUUGAAGCAUAGCUGCCUGGUCUGUAUGAUCAUGGUGAGGCUUCCACAGUGAGUUCCCAACACUGCACUUUAAGGAUCUUUUUUCUGUGGCAAGACUUUCUGUUUUUCAGGUCCUGCCAAGUUUUGGGGUCUCCUGGAGCACGAUCAUCCCUUGUAGAUUUAAGUGGGUUUAGCAGUCAUUUCUCCUCUCUAAGGCACCCUCAGAACUAUAAUUUGGGGCAACUUUGAGCUCUCUAGCAGAGGUCCUCCCUUCCACUAGAAAUUACAGUUCCCAGGGUUCUGUUUUUAGACAGCUGAUGGGCAUUUUAUGGAACAGGUAGUUUUGCCACCUCGCUUUUCAAAAUUAAAUAGAUGCACCCAGUUUUAUAUAUUCAGUAUUUUUUUCCCUACUCUAGGAGAAUAAGUCAUCUUUGCCAAUCCUUCUGAAGAACAUACAGCACCAUUUUCUCAGCUCCAGCCAAUUCCCACCUGUGUUUAUAUUUAACUUUGCCACCAUGGGGACUGGAAGCUUUUAUUUCUUUUUUUUUCUUUUUAGCCACGAGAAUGAAAUUUUUCACUCACACGGAUCCUGCUGUUUUGUCUUCUUUAGCCUCCCUGAAGCCACUUGACUUCUUCCUUUUCCCAAGUACUCACGCAUUUUGCAGACGGAAAGAACCGAAGUGUUUUUCUUCCUCCCCUCUACCCUUGCCACAGUUCCCAUCAAGAAUUCUACACCGUCAUGUCAACUUCAUGCUUGGCAGAGACGCUAAAAAGAAAUAGAAUUUUCUGGAGGGGAAGAAAAACAUUAUUUUUCUAAGAAAAAAAAAUGCAAAUAAAUGUGGACCGUUCUUUUGGCAGGGCUGAGGGAGGGGUGGGUUGGGACAUAUGUCUUUCUGUCGUCGGUGUCUGGCUUUGAGGUAGAGUGGGGAGAACUGAGGAUGUGCAUUCUGGAAGUAAUUAACCCAGAGCGAAGGAAUCCAAAGUUGUAAGCAAUUCUGAUGACGGCUGUGACUUCCCGACGGGAUGCAGUGUUAAAGAAGGACGGGCAAUAUUAAAACAAGAACUCCGCUU